UAACUUAUCAGAAUAAAUGUUUUAGUAACGAUCAUGUGCAUCUCCUUAACAAACAUUUUUUAUUGAUUAAUAUCUCGUAAUACGGAAUAUAGAGAUUUUGAUACUAUCUCGCAUUUUGAUAAGACGAUUAAUCUUCAAUCAACGAUCUUCAUUUAAAAAACAGAUAAAAAUUGAUCGAUUUAUUCGAUGAGAUCGUUCUUUAUAUGUCACGAUUUAUUGGCAAUAAGCGUGUAUAAGAGUGUACCAUAUGUUCGACACUCUUAAGCGAUAAAUAUAAGUGUUAUUAUCAUAUAAUUAAAUAUAACUUAUCAAUUUCAUACAAUCAUAUUUUCUCGUUAUAGUUUCUUUUCUUGAAUUCAUUUGAUAUCGAAUGAACGUUUUUCUUGAAAAUUUCCUCUAAUCAAAUUGAUCGGGGUAAUUUGCAAACGGCCAAGGAAACAUUUUCGAUCACGCGAUAGGACAAAACCUUACAUUUUAGAACGGACGAUGAAUUCCUUAUGAUCUUUCUUCGACCAUGCAAAUAUUAUCCGGAAAGUGCUUACGAAUUGAUAAAAAGAAUCGCCGAUUUUAAACAGAAGCAAGCUGCACUUUUGGACAAUUUAAUACCUUCCGAUGAAAAGAAAUCUUUUCUCGAGCACAACGUCGUCAAUGUUCUUAAAACUAGAGAUGAAAAGAGGCGAAGAGUGUUGUUAAUUAACGUCGGCAAAACUUGGGACCCUUCGAAAAUUAAUGCCGAUCAAUUAUUUCGAUUGCUCUAUCUCAUCCAUGUGGCCGCCAUGUUCGAACCUGAGACCCAAGUACGUGGUUCCAUCGUAAUAAUGGAUUUCGAUGGGCUCUCGAUGAAACAGGUGAUGGGUUUGACACCAUCUUUUAAUAUGAGACUUCUAACUUUCAUUCAAGAUGCAUUACCGUUCCGAUUGAAGGAGGUUCAUAUCGUAAAACAGCCGUUCCUUUUCAAUAUGGUUUGGCAAAUGUUUAAGCCGUUCGUUCGUGAAAAAUUAAAGAAACGUAUGUUUUUCCACGGCACGAAAAUGUCUUCGUUGCAUAGUCAUAUUGCACCUAGUCAUUUACCAAAAAAUUAUGGCGGCCAAUUACCUGAAAUCGAUUACACCAGUGCCGAUUGGUAUCCGACGAUUCUUCAAUACGAAGAUAGAAUAAAAGAAUGGAAUUCGUAUGGGUAUCAGAAAAAUAAGUAAUUUCAGUCUCCCAUAGCGUAUUAUUUUUUUUCUUCAACAAAAUUAAGACUGGAACGUUCUUUUUUGUUAGUCGUUGUUAACUAGAAAGUAAAAGUUUAAGAUUAUAUAACUCGCUUUAAAUUUUACACAAAUUGCAUAUUUUAUAUAUAUGUCAUGACAUUUAUUUAAUUGAGUUCCUGUUUUUACAAAAACAUGUUGUCAGUGUACGCGCGCAUACGCGCGUGUAUGUGUAUGUGUAUGUAUGUAUGCGUUUUAUUAAACGUAAUCGCCUCGUAACUAUAAACCAAUCCAAGGCAUAAAUAUUUCUGUAUAAGUAUAUGUUAUUACGCACACUAUUAAAAGGUUUCAAACAUAGUGCGUUAUCGUAGAAAAUCUAUGCUGAUUUAUGUAUAAUAUAUAAUAUAUUUUUACCAACAUAAAA